GUGGAACGUCGUUGAUCGUUGAGAUAACUAUAACAACUACAAUAACAAAAUGUCGCUUGAUGAGAGAUUCAAUGCCGCCGCUGAAAAGAUAAAAACCUUCACUAAACGCCCCACCGAUGAGGAGCUGCUGACCUUGUAUGCGCUUUUCAAGCAGGCAUCUUUUGGCGAUAACACCACACCCAAACCCGGCAUGCUUGACUUGAAGGCCAAGGCUAAGUGGGACUUUUGGAACAAGCAGAAGGGUAAAUCUCAAGAUGCGGCUAAGCAGGAGUAUAUAGAAUAUGUGGAGAAAUUGUCGGCAUCGUAUUUAUAAAAAAAAAAAAAAAA